AUGAUAAUAUCUGAGGUGAUUGUGUGUGUUUUUCCCUACAGCUCCAAGAGUGUCAAGAUUUGCAGUAGUAAGACACCUGUUGAUGUCCAAGCCCUGAAGAAGAAGGUCAGCAAGGCGACCUGCGACUCCGCUGUCCGUGCCAUCCUCAGAAGCCUGCUGCUCUACAUCACCCACCGUGAGGACGGGCCCCAGGGGCUGCCUCCCACCAAGAGGACAGAGAGCAGAGACAGCCAGGGGAGCCGGAAGCCCGAGCCCCAAGACGCCAACCGGCGGCCCACGCGUUUCCAGCUCCUGCAGGCCAAGUUCAUGGGCACUGGCCGGGAGACCUGGCUCAAGAAGACCCAGGAGGUGGGAAGGCUGAUCUUCAAGGACAAGCAAGGCCCAGGCAGGAGCGUGGUGACCACCACCAUCAACAAGCUCCUGGAGAAGACCAGGGAGGGGGCCGGCGGUUCCGCGGGCGGCCAGGAGCCCCUCGGCGGUGAUAAGCCCCGGGGGGGCCUGCCUGCCGGGAGAAACACCGUGAAAAACAUUCUGAAGAAGUUCCUGGCCGCAGAGGAGAAGGAGGCCGAGGAGAAGAGGCAGCGUGAGAAGCCUCCUGUGCAGCCGUCCAAAGCCGCCAGGGGCCUCCUGCCGAAGAUCGUGGGCAAGAAGGGCUCGGUCCUCGCCAAGCUGCGGGAGAAGUUCGAGCAGAGCGGGUGUCUGUGCUCAGAGGCCAGCGUGCUGCCGCUCCACACGGAGGAGCGAAAGAAGAAGAACCUGCAGCGGAAGAAGAUGCACCGGCCCGAGGCCCGCGUGCUCUGCACAGCCACCUUGGCCAGCUCCUGCAUCAGGAUGCCCCCUGCCCGCUUUCUGGCCUGCUCGGCGGAGCCCAUGCCAGCCUUCAGCAUCGCCACCAUCGUCGGCGGCCCCCGGAGCUGGCUGUCCCACUGCGCCAAGAUCAGACACUCGGACCUGAGGCGCAUGCCCCCAAAAGAAACCGGCAGGCCCCCCAACGCGGGGGAGAUGGUGCCUGAUGGGAACCAAACACCAGGAAAGGGGCUGCUGGAUGGGGGGCCCCCCCAGACCUUGGUAGCGCAGGCCGUGGCUCCCACCCUGACAGCAGCCUCCCUGAGUGCAGGGCCUGAAUGCCUCCCUGAGCCAGCCCCCGCGCCUGCCUCCCAGAGCCGGGAAGCCGCUCCUGGCCUGGAACCCAAGUUCUCCUCGCUCACACCAGCCAGCCCAGCGCACACCAGGGUGUUGGGAGGUGACAGGAUGGAGGGCCCCCCAGCAGGGAUCACCUCAGAUGAUUCCCAGGGGGCGGAGGGACCAAGGGCAGGCCCCCGCCCCAGGCCCCCAGAUGAGGGAGCAGAGGAGGCCCCGCAGGUGGACCUCAUGGUUUGCAGUUCGGAGGAUGAAACGGAAAGAGUGAUUUCCGACUCAGAGCAAGACCCUCUCUUUGCCGUCCAGGAGAAUUUUCCAGAACAGCCAGUCCCGGGACAGAUCCCACCGCUCAGCGUGCCAGCCGCCCAGGCUGCCCGGCGCACCCAGCUGGCCUGCGAGCCUCCGCAGAUAACCGUCAGACUCCCGGUGGUCCAUGAGAUGCCACUCCCUCCCGCCGCGCUGCAGGGGGCAGCGGGUCAUGCAGACCCGCCGUCUCCUGUGUGGGGAGGAGAGAGCGAGGUUGAACAUGCACCCGCGCCAUUUUCCACUACGACGGGGAGUGAAAGCACCAAGGUGGCCCCGAUGGGAGCGAGCCAGCCUGCAGGGACGCCCAGGGGACUCAGCACCCCUUCUCAGCAGGACUCCCAGGCAGACCUGGCUCUCACACCCCUAAGGGGUGCUGCCAGCAUUGAUGGUGACACCCCAGAGGCAGCUCCGACAAGUCCCCCUGGCGGAAAGGAAGACCAACGCAGCUGUGGGAAUUCCAACAAACUCAAGGAUCAGGAGCGUAUUUCAGGACAGGAUGUGUCUGAGCUCAGGUCUGAGCAGCACCCGUUGCCAGAAUCAGAGGGAAUGCCGGUCCGUGACGAGGGCGCCCCAGCACGUUACUCCACAGCUUCGGAAAAUCGCCCCACGGGAAACAGCCGCUCUGCACUGUGUGGUCAGCAAGCGCCAUCUCCCAAUGAGGGAGACUCGACGGGCGCCCCAACACUGCUGGCGGCACCGGCCGAGGACUGGGAGAGGUCUGAGCAUGUGACCGCAGUGGGUCAGAACAUCCUGUGUGAGCGAGCAGAACGCAGGGGGCCACCAUCAACUGAGUCCACUCAGCCCCUGCUGAUGGCUGAAGGGGGUGCCAGCCAGGACGUUGGUGAGACCAGACCGGCCUCCUUAAAUGAAGGCCCCCAACCAAGUAUCAAAGCCCCUGGACGAGGGGCAGCCACAGGGGUCACCAAGAGCCACACAGCACCAGCACCAGGGAACACUGUGGACCCCGAAAUCAGUUCUCCUGAACAGGGGAGCCCUUUGCACAAGAGAGAAUCUGGCUCCUCACCAACAGGUCACAGUCUUGUCGCAGAGGGUCUGGGCCAUGCACCCAACAGCCACCUCUUCCUGGCACCAGGAGGGCCCUCGAAGCCCCCCAGUGGCAGAGCGGCAGAGGGCCACGGCUGCGGAGACUCGGGGCAGCGCCUGCCGGCGACCUCGGAAUCACUGACCGCGCUCCCACAGGAGGCCGCGGGCCCCCCACUCACGCCUGCCGACCCCGGCUUGGGGGUUUCAAAUGAACCGGCAGCCAACAAAGCGAAUGCCGCAGCAGGAAGCAGAAAUACCGCGGCUGCCCAAGCAGGUCCUCGGGGGAAUAAUACGAAGUCCCCGGUUGCACCCUCACAUCACCCCACACCGCAGGGAGGCGGCGUACAGGGGCCUCCGCGCCACGGUUUGGACAAGCCCCCAGCGUCUCCUGAGGAGCAGCGGGCCAGGGAGGAGAAGCAUGUCGUGUCGGAAAAGCAGCUUCCUCUCGCUGCUGGGGUUUCCCAUCAGUUGCCCCCAGUGCCAUCUACAGGAGCAGAAGGGGCCCCCCAGACGUGUCCCGGCCUCCAGGCACACCUGCUGCCUGCAUCCCGCACACAAGCUGGUGUCCUGCUGGCCAUGGAGGUCAGAGAGAGGCCAGGGUCACAGGCAGUCCUGGGGGGUGGAGAGGAGCAAGUCUCAGGGCCUGUGGGGCCGAAGAGUCCUGGUCAGAAGGGAGUCGCUCCUUUGUUCCCAUGGAAAAUCAAGCUUGGAGAGAGGCCAGGGUCACAGGCAGGCCUGGGGGGUGGAGAGGAGAGGGUCUCAGGGCCUGUGGGGCCAAAGAGUCCUGGUCAGAAGGGAGUCCCUCCUUCAAGCCAGGAGACCCCCUCGUGUGGCUCUGAAGAGGCGCAGACACAGCCCCAGGAUGACGUGGUGGGGAGUGACAGGGCAACCGCUGGUGGGGAGACUCCUUGCCGACACGCUGAGAAGGGACCAGAGCGCCCCCCAGGGCAGUGGGUGCAGUCUGUAGAGGACCCCUCAGGGCAGCAUGGUGUCCACACUGAAGAACGACAGGGGCGCGGGGCACAGGCCCAGGCCGGCAGGAUGGCACCCCACCACUUGGUGCAGCCCACAGGCAAUUCCUUGGCUGUGGCACCUACACCUACCCCAGGUGCCAGUGGGCAGUCCCAGAGACCAGCCCCCACGGGUGGCGAGGGGCCACCUGGAGUGCCACAGAAGGCGGGAGAACACUGUCUGCAGGUGGCCAAGAGCCAGACGUCCGUCCAUCCUGAGCCAGCGCAAAGCUCUCCAGUGCCCACGCCCAAGCCUGGGGGCUGCCCGACGCCCAGUGCCCCAGCCCAGGAGGGGCCCCCAGACAUCUCCAGGGCAGGAAGAAGCACACUGGACCGCGAACAUCAGAGAAAGUCAGCACACUUUGCAAAGUACAAAGCCCAAAGCUUCUGCGACCAGAGGUCCUUUGAUUUGUCCUUUCGAGCCAAAGUUAUCAGGGCCAAUGACACGUUCGAACUUCCAAAGUGA